ACUGAGAAAAACAUUUGAAGAUCUACGGAAUAAUUUUACUACUGAUAUGGAGAAAGGGAAGAAGAUGUUAACAGAACUUUCAGAAAACCUUAAAAAGCCUUCAGUUGCAUUCUUUGCACACAAUGUGGUAGACCUAAAGCUUGACAGAACAGACAAGAUCAUCAUAUUUACCACAGCAACGACCAAUGAAGGAUCAGGAUAUGACACUUCCACUGGAAUCUUCACAGCACCUGUCGGGGGAUUGUACCAAUUUGUUGUUAAUUAUUGUGCAUACUACAAGCAACAUUCACCUCUUGCUUUGGUGCUAUCAGGAAACGUGAUUGCUCGGUCGUCAAAUUACGAUGCAAACUACUAUACUUGCAGCUCCUUUUAUGCAGUUAUAAGAGUGAAAUCGUCGGAAAAGAUAUGGGUUAAAUGUUUGUCUGGCUCAUCUGGUUAUGCUUUAUAUAAAGGUGGUUGGUUUAUGAACUCCUUCAGUGGAAUUCUUAUCAACAAAUAAUAAGAGGAUAUUUUUUCAUUUGAGUGAAAUAUGGAAUAUAUUUUCACGAAACAUGAUAAAUUGCCACAUAUUUUCACGAGCCUGGACGGCGAGUGAAAAUAUGUGGCAUUUUAUCAUGUUUCGUGAAAAUAUAUUCCAUUUGUGACGUCACGUAAACAACUCUUUAAACGUCUGUACAGCGUUAAUGACUAAAUUAAAGAUAUUGGUGUUCGGAUUUGUUUUCUUAGACCAUUUUCUAUCAAAUUAGAUAGUUUUCAACACAAAAUUCAACAAAAAAUUGCUUUUUAUCAGCUUUUUAAACAAAUUGGAGAAAGAAGUCCCUUAAAAUAAAUAUGAGUUUUGACUCCGCCCACUUUCAUAUUUCGUAUCCAUUUAUUCAGGAAAUAGACAUAAACACAUACAAUGUUAUCACAUACAUCAACUUGCAUUCAUAUAAAAACACACACAUAAAUGCAACAAAAAUAAUUAUCAGAUUAAUUAAUGAGUAUGUUCUAUGUUACCCUAGGAUUGCCCAUUAAGCUAAACGCUUAUUUGCAAUGGGGUCCAUUUACUGUAAAAUUAUCACAUUAACUUACAUAAUAAUAAAUGAAUUAUAAAGAAGUUAAAAUAAAUGACAAUUUUUGAAAAAAUGUUCAACAAUGAAGAUACAUUUUUCAAUAUAAUAGUACAUUGUACACAUACAAAAUGAAAUAAAUUUCGUUUAAAAUAAAAUAUUAUCAAGUACAACAUAAACAUGUUACAAAACCUUAUCAUAAGUUACACAUCAAGUUAAUAAUAAAUAAACAUAUUAUUCACUUGUUUAUCAUUUUCAUUACUUAAAAAAUGUUUUACUUUCGUUUUAAAUGUUUGGAUAUUGUCGAUUGACCUAAUGAUGUCUGGUAAAGAAUUCCAGUCUUUUUGGCAUUGUGGAAAAAUGUAUAUAUAACAUGAGAAUCAUUUUGAGACAAAACAAAAUUAGAAUUACUAGAUCUUAAAUUGGAUAUUCUACAUACCUUAAACAAUUCCUUUAAAUAACAAGGGCUUUGUUGUAAUAAACUUUAUAAAUGUGGUUGAGUCUUAACUGUCUAACUCUAUCAUUAACAUUUAAUACUUUAAGAUCAGACAGAACCUUAUUUGUCACCGAAGUCCUAGGGGUAUAGUCUUUUAUAAAGCGCAUAACCUUAUUUUAAGCUACUUGAAGUUUGUGCUUCAGUGACUUACUCAGUCCUUCGUACCAAGAAGAUGAAGAAUAAUCAAAGUGGCACAGCAAAAGGUCAGGACAUAACUGUUUCUUUAUUUCUUCCGUUAAACAAUUUUUUUAACGGUAUAGAAAAUGUAAUCUUCCAUUCCAUUCCAUUGAAAGAGUGCUCUUGACAAUUUUAUCUCCUGAUAUGUAACAAUCGAUAUUCAAACCAAGAUAUUUAUAUUUCAUAUUUAUUUUUUACAAAUAUGAAAUAUAUUUGACUGAUAUAGCUCCAUAUUUCAAGGGUAAAAUUAAAUAAAUCAUUUAUAACUAAUAUUCACAUAGCAAACUGUUUAAAUACAUACGUAUCUGAAUUUUCAAAUAAGCUUGAAAUUGAUAUAAAUGAUAACAUUCUAUGCUUAGAACUAAUCGCUUAAAGAGAUAUCUUGUAAUUUUGGUUUUCGAGCAAGAUGGGUCAGCCAGAAUGGUCCUCGAUAUUUCCCGUGAAUACUGUUAAUGAGUAAAUCUAAAUAUAGUUUCGCAUUUUCAAAACUCGUACAAGGCUGAUAAAUUUAUCUUCAACAAAUUUAAAUUAUACGUCAUAUUAUAAUGUAGAUUCGUACCAUCACAUAAAAAUAUAUAUAAUAUAUUAUACGCAUUUUUCUCAAUAUAGUAACGUAAUUUAUAUUCGUUAAUACAAAAUAAUGGCAAUGAAAAUGAAAUUGUCUGAAAUCAGUUUCUGUAACAAUGUUUAUUGUCAUUAACUUUGUACAUCAGUAGUUAUGUUUAACACAUAUAUGAAUGAAAUAAUUUGUAAAAAAUAAGCAUAAUUUUGAAAAGUGCAUUUAUCGGUAAAGUAAAUACUAUCAUUAUUAAUAAAGGUUAGUUAAAAAAGAGUCGCAACAAAAUACAUAAAAUCCAAGACAUUUACCAUGUAAAUGUUCUGCGUAUGUUAUGAGGAUAUUUAUUCGUUUAAAUGGCUAUGGGAUAUAUUUUCACGAAAUAUGAUAACAUUUCAUGUAUUUUCAAAAUUAGAUGUGUGAUCAACUGUGUUAGAAUAGUGUUUUUGUUUUCACCAGUACAUGUUU